GUCAGGAGUCGCGCAUGUGGGAGCUGAGCGCGCGCUGCGUUCGUGGUGCCUUGUAAGUGGCGAGUGGUAAUGACGUCAUUUCCCACUUCGGGAUGUUCGAUGUACGGGGAAAAGUGGGAAAAGAGCGCAAAAAAUCACGGACGCUUGCAAGAAAAGAGUGAGCGGCCAUGUUGAUUUGACGUCACUCCGGAAACAGAAGGAGCUGGUGGUUGAGGAGACUGCCCCAGAGUUGAUGAGUUGAAACUGCGAGUUGAGGGAGUGUUUUCAGUGGCUUUUACCCGUUAUAGGCGGGGAAUUACAAGUUGAAACUUCACCUCAAAUACAGCAACUCUGGAUUUGUGUUUGGACUUUAAACUUACGCAGUGAACAAGCUUUUGUCCCAUAGAUUAUAGAGUGCUGUUAAAGAAUGGCUGAGAAACUCCAAGCACUGAAGCAGCAGGUUUGCAGUUCCAUCGAUGAGGCCAAGGACAAACUCCAUCGAUUAGGAGACGCGAUAUGGCGUCUCCCAGAACUGGCAUAUGAGGAAAGACAAGCCCAUGACACCCUGGUCCGCUUUUUCACACAGGAGAAAGGAUGGACCGUGGAGGCACACUAUAAACUAGAAACUGCUUUUCGGGCCACUUGGGGACCUGUAGGUGGAGCAGAUGGUGAGUCUGUGGUUCAUGUGGGGUUCCUGUGUGAGUAUGAUGCUCUGCCCGCUAUAGGCCACGCGUGCGGUCACAACCUGAUAGCAGAGAGCGGAGCUGCAGCAGCAGUGGGCCUGAAGGCGGCGCUGGAGAGCGGGGAGGCGUGGCCUGUGCCAGUCAAGGUAACAGUGUUGGGGACUCCUGCAGAAGAGGAUGGAGGCGGGAAAGUGGAUUUGCUGCGAGAAGGAGCUUUCGAGGAUCUGGAUGUGGUGUUUAUGGCUCAUCCCACUCAGAAGAAUGCGACCUAUCUACCAGCCGUGGCUGUGCAUAGCGUGCUGGUGAAGUACCGUGGACGUACAGCUCAUGCAUCAGCAUAUCCCUGGGAAGGAGUAAAUGCUCUAGAUGCAGCUGUCAUGGCCUACAGUAACAUCUCUGUUCUACGCCAGCAGCUCAGACCUGACUGGAGGAUUCAUGGUAUCAUAAAGCACGGAGGUGUGAAACCCAACAUCAUCCCCGACUACAGUGAGCUGGAGUAUUACUUGCGCACCUCCUCACACCUAGACCUGCCCAACAUCAGAGCCAAAGCUGAGGCCUGUUUUCGCGCUGCUGCUAUGGCUACAGGUUGUGAGGUUGAACUUCUGUUUCAGAAGAAUGAGUUUUAUGAAGUCCUGAGGAACCGCACUCUGGAAGACCUGUACGAGGAGAAUGGGAAAGCUCUUGGCAUGAAGUUCACCACAGAGGGCUUUUCAGGCUCUACAGAUUUCGGGAACGUGAGUCAUGCUGUUCCAGGGAUUCACCCUUAUUUCUACAUCGGCUCUGAGGCACUCAAUCACACUGCAGAAUAUACAGCGGCUUCCGGUGCAGAUGAAGCUCAGCUUUAUACUCGUCGUACUGCCAAAGCUUUGGCCAUGACUGCGCUGGAUGUGAUCUUCAGCCCGGGAGUGCUGGACAAAGUCAAACAGGAGUUUAGAGAGGCCAAGCGCAGAGAGGAGAGAAAUUGCAAAAGCAGAAACAUAGAAAAUGGAGACCAACAUCAGCCAUGAAACAGGCAGCCGAAGGGUCUAAUACUCAGUGAUAGUGACUGAUUUCUGAAUUGGAUCUUUUAGUUUCUGCUUUUUAGCAUAUUUUCUUAAUUUCUUGAAAUCUUAAAUCUGACGUGAUAUUUUUUGACUGAUUUAUUUGACUGAUUCAUAUUUGCAAAUGAAGUUUGGAGUUUUACUAAACAAACAAAAACAGAGUUAGGAAACCAUUAGGGAUUCUAACUCUGUUAGGUGUGAGAAGAGCUCUUUUUAAUUUUACCACCAUAGCACUACCUCAGUAGUAAUAAUAUAAAUAGUAGUUCCUAUUUAAUGACCAGUUAUCUUUCUUACGGCCUAAUGUUAUCUUUAUGAACCACAUAUUGAAUCGUUUUUCUGUGCACUUAUACUGUAAAUCAGACAAGUUAAUAUAAAGAUUAUAUGACUUAUUGUAUAAUCAAUGAAUACAUAGCCAUAGCCAAUUAGCCAACCACGUUAUUCGUUACAUCAACAACUGCAUUGCUUUAUACAGUUCUGAGAAUGAGGUAAUGUCCAAAACAAUCUCCUCAUGAUCUGAUUGGCUGCUGUUGGAUGAUUCUGGAAAUUUCCCGGUCUUUACUUAUGUAAUGAGGUCAGUUAAUAUGUCCUUUUUUUUCUCACAUCUUGGUUCCCUUCAUAAACCAUCCAGGGUGUGUACUUGAAUCAUUAUAUAACACAAAGAGAACUGAUCUUGGCGAUCAGCUCAGUGAAAAGACUGGGAGAACUGCAUGCCUUGGUGAUCAGCUCACCCUUCAUGCACUGGUGACCAGAUGCUCCUGGGGUGACUUUGUGGCCGAACCCAGGGUUCCUGCCUAACGUAAUAUAGCUCGAGUUUGUGGACCAGGUGAUUGACCUCACUGUGUUCUGUAAAGGCCAAUCAGUAGAACGUAUCCUUGCCAGUACAUGCCUUGCAGUACAAUUUGGCUGUUCAUUCAUUGGCUCAUUUAUUUAUCUGUCACAGUGCUAAAACACAAGGUGCUUCCCUGUCUAAGCCAAGAUGAACCAAGAUAGUUCAUCACCUCAGCCUGUGAAUAGGCUAGAACCCUAGUGUUACUGUGAUGUGCCAUUCCACAGAUAGUACUACCACAGAAGGUCUGUGUGCAGCUACAGGGGAGCUACAGCGCCAUGUACAUUCCCAAAUGUAACUAUGGUUCUGUGAAAACUGGAUAACCGCCAGGGUUUCCUGUCACUUAGAACCAACGCCAAACCAGUGAGAACUCAGCAAGAAGGUUCCAGGGCCAGAUGGCAGUUGAUGAUAGUAUUUUAUAAUAAAAUACUCCAUCAUAUGGUCACCGUGUGACUUUGUGUUUAGGUCUUGCUGGGUGUGUGCUUGCACACAAGAAGGCAUCCAGGUGUCCAACCAUGAACACUGGCUCAAAGAACCACAGAUGCAUACUUCACUAGUGUUCAGCUUAUUAUUGUUAAAUUGUUUUAAGUAAUAAGAAUGUAUCAUAUAAUGUAAUUUAACAGCCCUACUUUAUACCAUUAUAAUAGCUUUAAGUUUUAUGAAUCACUUAUGAAUGUUGUUUUGUAUGUAUUCUAAUCAUAAUGACAGUAAAUGCAAUAUAUAAUGAGCAAGAAUAAAUUUUAACACUUUACAA